UUGCUUUAUAAUUGCAAGUUCAGAAUGAAGUUGGGUUAUGGUGCCGCUUUUGCCACAAACUUCUCAUCAAUUAUAUUUCAUCCAUUGAAAGAAUUGGAUAAUUUUCCUCUGUAGUUUCACAACCAAUAAUUUUUCCUAUAGAAUUUAUUUGGUGUUAAAUAUGGCUGACUUUGCAAAAUUCGCCAACCUUCCUGGCAUCGCCUACGAUCAACCAGACGUUUAUGAAAAUAAAACACCUGAUGCUCCCGAAUGCACGUCAAACUUAUAUGAAGACACCGAAGCUGAAUGCAUCGAACGCUUGCAUUUCUCGUCCGACAAUUCCAACAAUAAGAUAGAUUAUUCUCAACAUAAUGUGCGCGGUGGUUGCUGGGAGCUAGCGGGUCAUGGUGAAAAAGAGACGCCAAUUGAAAAGUAUCGACGCAUCAAAUGUGAAAUGGAUGAGCUUUUGAAUGAAAUCGUGGAUCUAAAUAUAUGUGCAGCCGUUUCAAAGAAGGAUAAAGAAAGCUAUGAAGCUGUGAGCCAAGCUGUAAACAGUGCACAAAAAGUAUUGGGUAGUUUAAAAUUGGACAGUGUGCUCGGUAGUGAAACGAUUCCAUCUGCAUGCGACAGUGAGAUUAAAAAAUUGCUCAUUCAAAUAGAAGGUUUUCGGAAAAACAAUGCCAGCCAAAUUUCAGCUGAAAAAUCUACACAACAGUUGGAACAGACAAAAAGAAUCGCCGAACUGGAGGCCCGUUUGCAUCAUAUUGAAGUCAUCAUCGGUAAAAAUCAUUCUCAACCAGAUAAACUCAACAGAUUGGCUAGCACAUUUGAUACUAGAGACACCUCACUCGUCGAUACCGUCCAACAAAUUUCAACAAAAGCCGCUUUAUUACAACCAGCUCAACUGGAUUUAAUCGAGAAUCGAGUCUCAGUGUUGUCUAGCAAACUCAAUACAAUCAAGGAAAAAGCAUUGGUUAUAAGUGGAAAAAAUGGUGCAAACGAUGAAAGCGAUAGGGUCGCGGCUCUUUAUGACAUUGCCAAGAAAGUUGAACCAAUUUCGAAAUUUUUACCAGACAUGCUGAAUCGAAUGCAGGCUUUGGAAACACUUCACAGUCAUGCUAACAGCUUCAACAAAACGACUUCUGAGUUAGAAUCGACACAAUCUACGUUAGUUUCAAACCUGAAUGGAAAUAAAGCUCUUCUGCAAAACGUCCAAGAGACAUUCGCCUUGAAUUUGGAAAGUGUAAACCAAGAGAUUGAAAAACUCGAAACACGGCUUAAAGCUUCCGAAAAGAAAUGAAUCUCAUAUACUUAACUUUCACACUUACAUAAUUGUGAUUCGAAUGGCUAUCAAAUCAGUAUUGAGUCAUUAGGUUAAGAUUAAUCUUUAUCAAAAUAAAUAUAUCCGUUAUUGUUGACCUUCAAACCGUAAAACGAGCACUGUAUGCCCAAGACCAACUUCCAACCAAAGGUUUUUUUUAAUCAUACCUGCAUAAAAUAACUAUGGUUCGAUUCCUUGAACAUUUGGCUACAUAAAUUGCGUCAACAUCACAUAUGUGUAUAAACAUAUAGAGGUGGCCAUUUUAUCAAUUUUGGCCGAAAAAAUCCCAACGGCCAAUUUGCUGGCCUAUUUUGAUGUUUUACACCGAAAAUAACAUUUACUUUUCAAGAACUUUCCAAUGAUAUACAUAACUUUUUGAUCCGACCACCUGUUCAAAAUCUCAAAAAAAAAAAAUUUCAAAUUUUUUUUGACGUUAAUAUCGGCCAUAGUGUUAUUUGUAUGUAUAUGUUUGUGAAGAGAUCCAGAUUGCUAUCUCCACUUUAUUGAAAAAUUCCAAAAACACUUUUGUAGUCUUUCAUUUUUCGAUUUUCUAUAACUUUUAUCACCUUUAAAGGUAAUUUGUGUACUUUUCCAAUCUCUAAUCGCUGAAGUAUUUAAAUUUAAAAAUAAAAAUUGAAGAAAAAACUGACAUUUCUAUUUAAAAUGCAUUAUGGGCACUCAGGCACCGGUUUCACAAACAACGUUAGAAAAGAGGUUUCACGGUUUGAAGGUUAUUUAUGUGAAAAACGGAAAACGAAUACUUGCAAAAGAGAAAAUAAACUAUGAUAAUCAUGGAA